UGCUAACACGUAUUCAUGCCAGCAUUAGUUUGUAAAAGAGCCACAAGGAUACACGCACCGUGUUGGAAACCUCAGUCGCAUGCACCCAAAUGGCAUGUACUGCUUAGUUCACCGCUCGUCGGCUCCUCCAUCUUCACCGCUCCUGAUGCAAGAGAAUACAAUACAGUAUUAAACAUGAAGUAAGCAAGCAAUAAUUAGUAAUUCUUUUGCCUCAACCUAUACGACCGUUGAGACAGGUGAAUCUGCAUGACCUUCGGCUCUAGUUUGUCGCAUUCGGUUCCCAUGACGUCGAGAUAGAACUAGAGACGCAGCGGGGCACGGGCAAGGGGCAACGCCGUGUCGUGCCGCCCUGCAAGCAAGGCGUAGGAUGGGAGCUGCAGCGAAUUUACAAGGGUGGGAGCUGACAGCGCUUUUCCUUGUAUUCCUCAUAAUCACCCUCUUUUGGGACCUUCUCGUGGGCGUCCUCACAUUUGUAAAUAACAUCUUGCGCGGUCGAAAGGCGAACUGGCUUUCCCGCGUCAAGGAAGAGCUGCUGGCGCUGGGAGUGGUCACACUUGUACUUCUGUUCAUCGAGCCUCCCUUACAGCAAAUCUGCAUGAAGGAUGGCAGCGUCCACAUCGAAUACACCGAUGAGUUCGUACCGCCGCCUCCCCCACCGCCACCUGUGGCGUACGGCACCUACGUCUGUCCGUACGGCACUCGCCAGGUGUUUUCCAAACAAGUCAUCCAUGCUGCCCACUACCUCCUAUUCUAUUUGGCCAUCGUCCACAUCCUGUUCAGUCUGCUAACCAGCGUCAUUACGAAUGUCAAGCUUUCCAAAUGGAGCGUGUUAGAGCGCACGGCACGCAAGGAGCACAACAUUCCCGCGGUAGCCUUUCUGCGCAUCUCCUCCGUCAUUGGCCGCUCCACGGACCCCAAGAACCAGCGCCUCGCGGUUCGGCUGCGCGAGCUGUGGCGUGACGCCAUCGGCUACGUGGACCAGGACCUCUACUCGCUGCUGCGCUUCAUGUGCGAGAAGCGCUUCAGAGCGCACGCCGUCGUACUAAAAAACUUCAACUUCCUGAACAUGUGCGAGCAGUGCCUGGAAGCUGAGCUGAAUGAGGUGUACAGCCACGCCUGGCUGCUUGUUUUCAUGAUGGGCAUGCUGCUGCUGUACAACAAGGUGGUGUAUCAGAUUGUGUGGCUGACGUUUGUGUGUACGGUAGCAAUGGCGCUGAUGGCGGGAAACCUGAGGUGGGUUAUGAAGAAGACGGCGCGGGAGGCGCGCAACCUGUGGCGGAAGAUCCAGGGAAUGGGUGGGUUGGAACAGGAUGACGGGGAGGUGGCGGAGCAGGGGGAGCAGGACGCGGCGGCAAUGGCGGCGAUGGCGGCGGCACGGCAGUUGGCGGAGGCGCAGCAGAUGGGGGGACUGCAGCAACUGCAGCUGGCGGGAUACGUUGGAGGUCGCAUGGCGGGGUUGGCUGUUGCGGGCAGAGGAGGCACAGCAGGAGCCGGAGGAGGAGGAGGAGGGGACUUGGAGGCGGGAGAUGUGGGGUCGCAGCAGCGGCAGGAUCAGCUUUGGGCGAUGAACGGCGCGCAGCAGCUGGCGGCCCAGCCGGCGAAGCAGCUGCGGUUUGCACCUCGGCCGCUGGGCGAGUCGACGGAGGCGCUUUCCACAAUUAUAAUGACAACACUGGACCCCGCAGCAGCAGCAGCAGCAGCUGGGGCCGCUCUUUCCGCUGCGCAGGCAGCCGUCUCAACAGCACGCGUGACGUCAGCAGAUCUCUUUCAAGCACCCGGAUUUUCACCCGGAUUUGGAUCUGCAUCCGGAUCUCAUCGCCCGGGCGCGUUGGCGGACCUGUUAGAUGCGUGCAAGACGGCGCGCAGGACGGCGGCGCGGAAGCUGCAAGCGCGGCUCCUGGCGCGUUCGGGAGCAGCGGCAGCAAGAGUGGGAAUGGGAAUGGGAGUGGGCGCUCGUGGAAGGGGCGCGUCGUGGGAAGCUGCGCAAGCUUGUGUGCAGCCGCCUGCGUGGUACCGGCGACUGACCCGUGGGUCGCAGCACGCGAGGCCGCAAGUAGGCGGGGUGCUUGUCCAUUGCAGGGGUGAACUGAGCGGCAACUGGCAUGACACCCGUGUCGGCGGUGCUGGCGGCGGCGGCGGCGGCUGCAUGGACGGUUGGCGUGACGGUUGCGGCAGCGGGCGGCGUGGCGGCGGCGACGGUGGCAAUGUCUCGUUGCAAUGCGGUGCCGGGCCACUGGGAGAGGGCACCGUCAGUAACCCGCUAUUCGUAUAUAACACCGCUGCAGGUGGCGGCGGCGGCGGCGGAGCUGGAGCUGGCAUCGGUGGCGGCGGGCUGGGUUACAUGUACCCGGGCCAGCAGCUAGGCGCCGCCGCCGCCGCUACCGCCGCUGCCAUUGACGGUACUGGCGCAGCAGCAGCAGCAGCAGCGCAAAGGCGCAGCCCAAAUGCGCCCUCCCAGCUAGCCAGUGCCGUCAACAGCGGCGUCAGUCUGGUUGCCGCCGCCGCCGCGUCACCGUACGGCGCGACGAGCACGCGAACCACCGCCAGCGGCAGCGUGUCACCGGCCAUGGCUGCGAAUGGAAUGGGCAUGGCUGCGAAUGGAAUACCCGGCAUGUCCGGGGGAAUUCCCGGCAUAAACAGCAUGGCCGCCGGAAUGGGCGCGGGCGGAAUGGGCGUGGCCGGAAUGGCUGGCAUCGCUGAAAUGGGCGGCAUGGGUAUGGGCAUGAACCCCGGCAUGGGCAUGAACAUGGCCCCCGGAAUGGCUGGCAUGAUGGGGGGCAUGGGGGGCAUGGGUAUGAUGCCCAUGAACCCCAUGCUGUCCAUGGUUGCCCCAGCGGGCUCCGCAGCGCCCUCCCCUGCCGCCCUUGUCGCCGACAACACCGCGCACUGGGGCUCCACCCCCUCCAGCGGCAGUCCCGAGGAGGGCGACGAGGCGUCUCGCUCCUCCGCCUCUCACACCGGCUCCUCCCGCUCCUCCCGCAGCGGCAGCGGCGGCGGUCAUCCCCGCAAUGACCAGCUGCGAAGCGGGAUGCAGUCCAAGAAGAGUCUGGGCGCCUCGCGUCGCGACGGCAAAAAACACGGCGGCGGCCAUGGUCACGGCCACGGCCACGGCAACGGUUCCGAUGAUUCCGAGGACGAGGAGCACUCCAUAAAGUCCAUGUUGGAGCACGAGCUGGCGUCCGGGAUUGAAGAGAAGAUCAUCCGACUGUUCUUCUACGGUCGGCCCUUCCUGCUGCUGUGGGUUUUCAACAUCAUCUUUGCGGUUGCGUCGCUGACCAUGACAAUGUCCAUGGCGUUUGUCAUUCCGUACGACAAGUUUGAUUCGAUUCGAAAUAUGGCGCUACCCACCUACAUCUGGCUGCCUGCGGUGCUCAUGAACUUUGUGUUGGUGGUGUUUGGGUGCUGGGUCUUCUUGCCGCAAUACGCGUUGCUGUCGGUGUGCGGCGUGUUGGAGCCGCAUGAGGUCAUGACGGAAAUCAAGCACAGCAAGACGCAGGACGACAAUGAGGAGGGCGUGUCGGCUAUUGUGCUUGAGAAGCUGACGCACUACUUUGUCGGCAUGCACGAGGGCGAAACGCGGCUGUCAACCGCCUUCAUUGUGUGCCUCGCCUCGCAGGCGGGUAUCAUUCUGGGCAAAGACUACCGAGCCGACAAGCACAUCAACCGCGGGGAGCUCAAACCGCUGUACAUCGAACUUAUGAUGGUGUGGCAUGACAUUGCCUGGUACGGCGACCUCACCACGACGUACAAGAUCAAGACCCACUCCCCGGCGCUGCGGGAGGCGUUCGAGGAGCUGGAUGACGACGGUUCGGGGGAGCUGACGUUCGGGGAGUUGGCCAACAUGAUUCGCAGUUUGGGUACCUACGCCACCGCGGGGGAUGUGGAGGCGAUGCUGUGGGAAAUCGACGUCGACAACUCGCAUAGCAUCGGCUAUGAUGAAUUUGUCAAGUUCCUGGCGUAUGCGUUCUUCGAUGUCAAGCAGCUGGGCUACAUCGACAUGCCCGCCCUGAUGGACGGCAUGGAGCGGCUGGGGCUGCCGAUCAACGAGAUGCAGGCGGCGGUGAUGAUGAGUGUGGGGCUCAGUGGGCCGGGGGAAGACCUGCAGGUGACGCUACGGCAGUUCUUCACAAUGUACGAAAAGGUGAUCUUCGAGGACGAUGAUGAUGAUGAGGGCGGCGGCGGCGAGCAAUCGGGGUCUAUCCUGGGUCGGGCCCUGCAGGCGCUUCGGGCGCCACACACGCUGUUCCAGGGGAAGGGCGCGGGAG